GUUUAAGGCAUAGUGCCAAAAAACUCCACUGGAGUCUAAAUCUCCGUCCCCCAUCGCCUCUCUCUCGUUUCAUUGAUGUCUGUCUUAUUCUUUUUUUCUCUUUAUGAAUGAACGACAGAGGAGGAAAAGGGAAAAAAGGGGGACGGGGAAACUGGACGCUCUGUGAUUGGUCCGUUAUCAGUUUGACGUCACCUCCGCUCUGACGCGACGCACCCAUUCACAAAAAGGAAAAAAAAAGAGAAACAAUCCUGAUCAGGAGGAGGAAACACUCAGAGCUACAGGAAUACACUGCAGGAUCUUGAAGCUUGCACAGACAGGAGGAAGAUAACCGACACACGACAUGGAGGACCUGGGCGAGAUGGACUGCCCGGUGGUGAAGCGCUUCUUGAAGGACGACAACGCCAAGUGUCUGCUGCUGGACUGCCGCUCCUUCCUCGCGUACAACGCGGGACACAUCCGCGGAGCCGUCAACGCCCGCUGCAACACCAUAGUGCGACGCAGGGCCAAGGGCUCCGUGCUCAGCCUGGACCAGAUCCUGGCCGGAGACGAGGAGGUGCGUGUCCGCCUCCGAUCCGGGAUGUACUCCGCCGUGGUGCUGUACGACGAGAGGACGCCGGACGCAGAUACCGUGAAGGAGGACAGCACGCUGACUGUGGUGCUCAACGCAGUGUGCAGGGACUCCUCCGGAACGCAGAUAUACCUGCUCAAAGGUGGAUACGACAGGUUUUUCUCAGAGUACCCGGAGUUUUGUCUAAAGACCAAAUCCUUACCGACCCUCACCAGCCAGUCCAGCAUCGACUCUGCCUGCUCGUCUUGUGGGACGCCACACCACGACCAGGGCGGCCCUGUUGAGAUCCUCCCGUUCCUCUACCUCGGCAGCGCCCUCCACGCCUCAAAGAAAGAGGUUUUGGACGCCAGAGGAAUCUCCGCCUUGCUGAACGUGUCCGCCGACUGCCCCAACCACUUCGAGGGGGCGUACCAGUACAAAUGCAUUCCCGUGGAGGACAACCAUAAAGAAGACAUCAGCUGCUGGUUCCUGGAGGCUAUUGAGUUCAUAGAUUCAGUACGAGACAACAGUGGGCGGGUGCUGGUCCAUUGUCAAGCAGGCAUCUCCCGCUCCGCCACCAUCUGCCUGGCCUACCUGAUGAAGAGGAAGCGGGUGCGUCUGGACGAAGCCUUUGAGUUUGUACGCCGGCGUCGCAGCAUCAUCUCCCCCAACUUCAGCUUCAUGGGCCAGCUGCUGCAGUUUGAGUCGCAGCUCCUCGCCACGUCGUGCGCCGCCGAAGCGGCCGCCACGGCGAGCCCGUUGCUCGGACCCAAGCCCUCGGUGACCGCCACGUCGACGACGGCCACGCCCACCUCUCCGUUCAUUUUCAACUUCCCGGUUUCCGUGGUGAACCCCGCCUACCUGCACCACAGCCCGCUCACGACCUCCCCCGGCUGCUGAUGGAGAGCCAAUUGCAGCCUUCCACCCCCAAAUAACUGACUCAGAACAGACUGCGCUGCCAUUGGCUGGAAAGGGCUGUCAGUCUUACCGACCGCCGCAGUAUGUACAUGCUUCCAGGGCGGGGAGGUGAGAACGGUGCCUGAUUCAAAACUCAAAUACUGAAAAAAAAAACUUUUGAAGAGUUCAGAAACCAGCCAACGCUCCUUCCAUUUUAACACAAGAUUUCUUCAAAUUGACCAAAAAUCAACCGGCUUUCAGAACUUUCGUUUCAGCACACGAGUUUGGACGGAGUGUUGGACUGUUUUUCCUUGAAAAACAAAAACAACAACAUGCACAGGGACACAAAAACACUGACAGAGAGGCAUGAGCAGCAGCACACACUCUCUCGCUCUGCCUCACUCACACACACACACACACACACAUUCAUGACUACCAACUGAAUAAGCUCAGUAUGAAGACAGGGUCUGUUGCUAUGGAGACAACAGGUCUUUAGGAGAGGAGAUGGACACAGGAAGGAAGGAGGAAUUUUAAGCACACGCUCUUUCCCCUUUGGGUGUCCCUCCUGUUGCCAGACAAAAGAGAUGGAUGGAGAAAAGAGGGGAGGAGACGGUGAUAGAAAGCAGGAGCCUCUUCCGUGACAGGUGCUCCGACCGGAGCUUCCUGUCUUUCAUACGUCCUCUUCCUCUCUCUGUCUCUCCCCCCACACCUCUCAUCUCCUUUUCAUCCUUUUAUAUUCCUCCCUUCCUCCUCCUCCUCUCAUCUCUGCCUCUCAACUUCAUCCCCGUCCGCCCCCUCUCCUCUGCUCCUCAUCUCCUCACCGAAGAGGCUAAAUGAAUAAAAUAAGAUGCCAAAUAAAGGCCGGGGCCCUUGUAAAUGAACUAGGGAAACCCCACGGCAGGCCCCUGACACACACACUGUAGGAAACCUCGUCUGCUACAUCACAAAAAAAAGGUACUUUUGGAUGAAAGGGCUGAAAGAAAAAGCAGCAAUGAGAAUACGCCGUCAAAAAAAAAAAUGUUUUUGCUAAAAGAUUGAGCAUGAGACAGCCACUUAAAGGACCAUUCUGUUUGUUUUGUACAUUUUAACGCAUUAUAAAUAAUUAAAAAACAUUGGCUCCUAUAGGAUGCUUUGGCAAAUAGUAUUUUAUUUUACUUAAAGGGCUAAAAUGUGCAUCACCAACGAAUGGUCCUUUUUAAGAUGUUUGUGCCUUGUUCAUAAAGGUAUCCCAUGGAUUUAGGCGUGCUGCUAGAAAGCCGAUUGCUGAAUGUUAGUCAGACUUUAAAAAAAAAAAAAAAUCAGCAUUUCAGCAGUGCAGUACAGACUCUAUUUCUACAAAGUCAAAAGAGCAAACGGUUCAUCUCUCACACUCACAGAUGGACGCAAACACAUAAUUAACAGUGAAUUCGACCUUUGAAAUAGCAAUUUUUCAGCUGACAAAAAUAUAUAUUUAAAGCAGUGUGUGAACAGAUUUCCCAAGCUACGAAGACAAACCUUCCAAACCAUGAAUAGACACUUAAACAUGAAAGUAAAAGAAAGAGAAUCAGACACAAAUUGCAUUUGUGAAGUCUUCUUCGACAUCUUGAAUAUGAGCAAAUUGGAGGGCAAUAUUUUUCUUGCAUAAUAUCCUUGUGGCUAGAUUUUCCAACAGGACAUUCACACUUCAGGGACCCUUAGUGUUGUUCCUUGUGAGGGGAAUCCAGGUUAAAAUAAAACACAAUCACCUACUGAUUUCCCUUUUUUAACUCUAUAUUGACAAAAAAGGAGUGAUGGAGAAAAAAAGAGCUUUGGGCUUUGAGACCCAAUAACAGGAAGUUAUCCUUUCUAAUUCAGUCGAUUCUCUUGUUUUUGAAGAUUUGUCAACAGCUCUCUCCGUGGCUUUUUGAAGUCUUGCAAUACCGUACUUACAACCCACUCAAGGACAACAACAACAGCAGUGACUUUUUAUGGCGUCGCACCCGAUCAUGUCAAAUUUUCAUAAAUGUCACAAAUUGAGACAGUGUUUUUUGUAUCGCUUCUGCUUUUGACCGGGCUAAGCUUUACACCCUGUGCUAGACAUCCAAAGGCACAAAAUCCAACCAUGGUUGCUUUUUAUACCCGGAUCCAGAUGUACGCACGACAGGUACACAUUAAGCACACACACACACACAUACACACACACAGGGUUUCAAAGAAAACAAACCUUUUUCUCUGUUUUUUGAAGAUUGUCGGCACCUAUCUCUGUAGCACUUUGAAGUGAUGCAAUACUGUAUUUAUAAUUUAUGAUUGAUUUGCACAUCAUGGUGAUGGUAGACCGACUAGACUUUACAUAACGACAUUUUGUCCAUGUAGAGAAAGUGACAGAGAGAGAGAGAGAGAGAAAAGAGAGGCAAUCGGUGAAAAACGCAAUACUUUGUACUGUGUGGUAAUUGUCUGUCUGUCUGUCAGCCUGUCUGCCUCUCUGUGUUAGUCCAUCUGUCUAGACUGUCUCUCUGUCUGGUCAAUGCUGUUUACCCAUCAUGGCAAUAUCAAUCCUCCUCUUGGACAUUUAUAUAUUGAAAAAGAAAAACAACUUUCCCUCAAUUUUACUGUGGAAUGAAUGAUGUGUGCAUUUAUUUAUUACUGAAGAUCCACUGUUGAAUAAACAAUGUUCUUAAUUA